AUGGCAAUGAUAAUACACUGGCUUUUAAUUCUGCUUCUGCCGUUUGCAUGGUGCCAAUCUGAACACGAAGAGAUCGAGUACAGUCCACAGGAUGGCUGGUACAACAAUCCCGUACAUAUAGAUUGGGGCGCUAUCGAUGGACAAUUGAUACGAAGGUCAUCCCCCGUCUACGCUGAUGGGGUAUACCACAUGGCAGGACAAAGCAGACCAAAUCCGUUCGACAUCAGUCGCAUAGCCCACAGCGGUGCCGCUGGACUCCCAUCGUUGAGGGGACGAAACGCAAUGUUGGUGUACUUCGGCCAACAGGUUGUCGAAGAGGUUCUUGAUUCUCAGCGACCCGGAUGUCCUCGGGAGUUUGAGAAUGUGCCUAUCCCUAAAGACCAUCCGUUUAACCCGGAAGGGAAGGACAACCUCGCCAUGCCAUUUCUAAGGACCAGAUAUGAUGCUAGUACGGGGUAUUCCCCUAACAACCCACGACAACAGCUAAAUGAGAUCACGCCAUAUAUAGAUGGUACGUUGAUCUAUGGACCUGCUAGAGCAUGGACAGAUGCUAUCAGAUCUUUUAAAGAUGGUAAACUGAAAGCAAGAGAUCCAAACGCACCGAUAAAGGACAGUUUUCCAGCUGAGAACACCAUCCGACUUCCAUUUGCUAACCCUCCAGCACCUCGACAGCACAUACUGCGACCUGUGUCUAGAUUUCUAGCUAUCGGUAACCCAAGAGGUAACGAAAAUCCAAUGCUGUUGACAUUUGCAAUACUCUUCUUCCGCUGGCACAACAAGAUAGCCGAGGACCUGAAAAAUGCGCAUCCUUCUUGGGAGGACGAAGCCUUGUUCGAAGAGGCCCGGAAACUAGUCAUAGCACACCAUCAGAAUAUAGUGAUGUACCAGUGGCUACCGUUAUGGUUGGAGAUUUCAGAUGUCGGCACACCUCUACAGAUACCACCGUAUAACUCGAAUGUCUGUACUACCGGAUUUUGCGGUUUCAAUGGUUACAGUUCUGAAAUACAUCCAGGUAUUACGCAAGAAUUUCAAACAGCCGCCAUGAGAUUUGGACAUACCUUGGUGACACCUGGACUCUGGUUAAGAGGACCCCUCCAGAAUGGAGAUUGUAACUGGAAACCCGUCAAAGUAAACAUACAAGGACAACCUGACGAGGUUCACGCUCUUCGUUUGUGUAACGCAUAUUGGAACUCUCAGGAAACAGUGGAACCCCAAUUAGACGAUCUUGUUCGUGGUAUGACUUCAACCUUAGCCGAGCAAGAGGACCAUAUUAUGGUACCGGAUUUGCGGGAUCACGUUUUUGGCCCUUUGGAUUUUUCUCGUCGUGAUCUCGGUGCGAUAAAUAUACAGCGCGGUCGAGAUCACGGGAUUGCGGGUUAUAACGCAGUUCGACUGGCCUACGGUCUCGAGGAGAAAGAAAACUGGAGGGAUAUAAACCCGACUUUGGAAGAUAAUCUCAAGGUAUUGACAAACCUUCAGAACCUCUACGGCAACACGACUAAACCUGACGAGCUUGACAUUUUCACCGGUGGACUUCUGGAAACUACACCGGAUGGUCCAGGAGAAUUGUUUAAAGCUAUAAUGCUAGAACAGUUUCUCAGGAUCAGACACGGAGAUCGCUUUUGGUUCGAGAACACAGACACCAGAUUUCGAAGAUUUAGCGACAGCGAAAUAGAUGAUAUAAAAAAGAUCACACUCCGUGAUAUCAUUCUCAACGUAACCGGCGUUCUGGACUCGGAGAUAUCCAGCAAUGUUUUCCUGUUCAAUGCAAGAUCAGAUCCUUGUCCUCAGCCUGAACCGUUAGCAGCUGACAGCAAUAAUCAACGAGAUGGGAUGUUUGUUAUAGAGAACUGUACCACACUCCAACACUAUGAUUACUUCUAUGGGAGUGAAGCUUCCUUUGCCUUGAGCUUUCUGUUUUUGGGACUCUGUGUUCCUGGGACGAUCGGUAUCAUGUUAUUCAUGGUAAAAUUACGUCAGAAACGGAUCCAAGAGGCCAGGAAGUUAAUGGCGCCAAAGCAAAGGGCCAAAAGUAAUGACCCUAACUCAUUCGAAGUUAUUGAAUGGAUGGGGCCAACAAUGGGAGACAGAAGAGUCAAAGUCAAGUUCGACAGUGAACGGAAAAAAAUACAUGUUACUGAUACCAGGAGGAAGCCGCUUCGUAUGCUGGAUCUCCGUAAAAUAUCCGGAAAGAUUCAUUUCCGAGUUUCCCGUGACAGACAAAAAAAUAUCAUGUCUGUCCGAUUUCCUAAUGAAAUCGAUUUGGUUUUACGCUUUCUGGAUGAAGAAGAACGCAACUCAUUCAUCAAUCAGUUAGAUGCCUUUCUUCUGGAGAUGGGCGUCAAUAGGGAGAGACAUGAACUCGAAGAGAAAAGCGUCAUUGAUUUAGCUGAGACAAAGGAAGAAAGGCAGAAAAUUCUCGAUACGUUCUUUCGCGUAAUAUGUGUGCAGGCAUUUGACCGGACACCAGGACAGAUGAAUAUUGCUAACUUAAGCGGGGACGAUAUCAACAAGGUGCAGAAAAUACAGCUGACCAGAACAGAAUUCGCUGAGGCUCUUGGGUUAAAGCCUACCUCUGUGUUUGUACGGAAUAUGUUUCUAUUGGUGGAUGCCGAUAACAGCGGAACUGUCAGCUUUCAGGAGUUCCUCGAUAUGUUUGUCGUGAUGUCAUCUGGCGAUGCCGAUGACAAAGCAAUGCUCAUGUUUAACAUGUAUGAUCUACGAAGGAGAGGAUACCUGACAAGGGCAGAAUUCUUGAAAAUGAUCAAGUCUCUAUUGGACCUAUCCGACCAGUCGAUCGACGAUGGCGAGAUAAACACACUUAUUGACACCAUGUUUCAGACAGCUGGCAUCUCAAGCGAUCAGAACAUCGACCUGGCUGCUUUCAAGCGUAUCUUUGCCUCAGAAGAACAUAAACAUACACUGGAGAACGCCAGUCUCGGGAUAGGAACAAUCGAAAAACCGCGAACAGCAGCCAAAGGGAAACGACACGACCACAGGAAGACUUUCUUACAAAGCUACAAAUCUGGACCGUUGUCGCGUACAAAAUCCAUGGUGAGAGUGAAAACAGUCGAAAAGGAAAUACCACCUACACGAACCAAGCAGAAGCUGAACGAAAUCAUACGCUAUAUUGAGAACUACAAACGUCAGAUCUUCUGGGUGACAUUAUACACUCUGGUCUUAAUCGGGGUCUUUGGAGAGAGAGCGUACUACUACUCGGUGGAACGAGAGCAUGGUGGUCUUAGACGUAUAGCCGGAUAUGGCGUCACGGUAACACGUGGUGCAGCUAGUGCCAUGAUGUUCACGUAUUCGAGCUUACUGGUGACCAUGAGCAGGAAUGUGAUCACCUUUUUGAGAGAGACCUUCCUACACACUUACAUACCAUUUGAUUCUGCUGUCGACUUCCAUAAGCUCAUUGCAGCCUAUGCGCUGUUUUUUACAGUGAUGCAUUGUGUUGGACACGGUUUAAACCUUUACCACAUCAGUACUCAGGCGUCAACAGACCUCAACUGUGUUUUCCGCGAGUACUUCAGAGCAACUGACAUUCUUGCUUCAUUUCAUUAUUGGGCCUACGAAACUAUCACUGGAUUUACUGGAAUCCUUCUUACCCUCAUUAUCAUCAUAAUGUAUGUGUUUGCCGUCCCGUACGCACGUCGGCACCUCUUCAACGCCUUUUGGUUCACCCAUAAUUUUUACAUACUCCUCUACAUCUUCCUAGUCCUCCAUGGCAGUGGGCGGCUCGUGCAGAAUCCGCUCUUCCAAAACUUCUUCUAUGGUCCACUUAUUAUAUAUGUCAUCGACAAACUCAUCAGCGUAAGCCGAAAAAAGCGAGAAAUAUCUGUUAUUCAGGCCGAUCUGCUACCAUCAGAUGUCACAGGCUUGAAAUUCAAACGUCCACUGGACUUUGAUUACAAAUCUGGACAGUGGGUUAGAAUAGCGUGUCUAGACCUCGGAGAAGAUGAAUACCAUCCGUUCACGCUGACGUCAGCACCUCACGAGGAUUUCCUAAGUCUCCACAUCCGAGCCGUGGGUCCAUGGACUAUCAACCUCCGGAAUACGUAUGAUCCUAAUAAUCUUGGAGACCGUAUACCACCGAAGGUGUACGUAGACGGACCGUUUGGUGAAGGACACCAGGACUGGUACAAAUAUCCGGUUUCCGUCCUUGUCGGUGGAGGUAUUGGAGUCACGCCGUUUGCUUCCAUUUUAAAAGAUAUAGUUCAUCGUUCUCAAAUUGAUAAUCAGCGUAUGACUUGCCAAAAGGUAUACUUCAUGUGGGUGACUCGCACCCAGAAACAGUUUGAAUGGCUAACCGAUAUUAUCCGGGAUGUGGAGAAUGCCGACAAACAGGAACUGGUCGCUGUCCAUAUCUUCAUCACACAGUUCCAACAGAAGUUUGACUUGAGGACUACAAUGCUGUACAUUUGUGAGCGCCACUUCCACAAGGUAGCCGGUAAGAGUCUGUUUACUGGAUUAUCUGCCACCACUCACUUUGGACGGCCUCAGUUUCAGGACUUUCUUACUUCACUUCAUCUGGAACACCCCACGGUGAAACAAGUGGGUGUGUUUAGCUGUGGACCUCCUCCAAUGACUCUGAAAGUAGACAGAGCAUGCACAGAAUUGAAUAAAAAUAUCCGCUUGCCGACCUAUAGUCAUCACUUUGAGAAUUUCUAG